AUGACCACUUCCGCGAAUCUCAGGGUGGUCGGUGACACCUACCCCGUUGACUUCAAAGAGUAUGAUUCGCUCUCCUGGGUACUCUUGGAGGAUCAUCCGCUUCGGUCCUACCCUACCACUUAUCCGCCGGGGCUGUCGAAUUUCCUCGGGAGGUGGUACGCGACGGCGAAAAGAUGGUGGGCCGAGCGUGGGUUGUCGCUCGUGUGCCUACUUGUGAUGUUCCUGAUGGUCAUUCAGUUCCUUGCAAAUCUACCCUAUGGAGUAUCUUAUCUUCUGGCCUCAGACCUGAGCGACCAGGCAGAGCUUGCCCAAUGGCCUGCGGAAUUCAGCGGUCGUCCGAGUGCCUGCAUUUCCUACGACCCACAAGCGCACCCGGAUGCCAUUGACCGCGCAGUCAAGGCCGGCUGCGCUGGAAUUAAAGCCGACGUAUGGGUACGGGGUGACGAGCUUUUCGUGGGCAACUCCUCGAAACCUCACUCAAACAACACAUUCAGCAACGUUUUUAUCGAGCCCCUGAUGGCCAAGCUCGAUGCGAGGAACCCUGCAGUGGCGUCCUCGGCGUCGCCUGAUAGACCCGACCCUGUGGGGCUAUUAGAACAUAGUCCAGCGCAGCCUUUCAUAUUGUUUCUGCAGCUGCGCCCGUCGAGAUCAACCGCAUGGCCGCAUAUCAUGUCCCAAGUAGCCUCGCUAGAUCGGAAGGGGUAUCUUUCGUACACCGAUGGGGUCCAGGUUUUCCCGAGGCCUGUCUCGAUUGUCAUAACGGGACUGAACUCCUCGGAAUUCGAUGUUGUAAGGAGUUCCGGGCACCGGGACACCAGCGGAAGUAUAUUCUUUGAUACCGCCCUUGAGUUGCAUCCGACGGAUUAUGACAAGGGAAGCGCGAUUUCUGCGAACCCCGAGAAUGACGAUCAGGAACAGUCCAAGGACCAAUCGAUUUCCACACUCCCAUCGCAAAUGCUCAGCGAAACGAUCAAUUUUCGCGACUCAAUCGGCUCUCCCCGCGGCGGUCGCAUUUCGUGGCAGCAAGUCGAGAGGAUCAGAGCUCAAAUACACAACGCGCAUCAGCAAGGACUUCAAAUCCGGUACGAUGCGAUUCCAUGCCUUCCACGGAUGUUGCGUCGAACUGUAUGGCGUAUCCUGGUCCAUGAGGGGGCGGACUAUGUCGAGGUGGACUGGAGUCAAUGCGAAGGGCGGUCGUGGCGGUCGCUUUUCACGUUUAGCAGGAGAGACGACACAAAGUAG